ACAUAUAUCACACAUGAAUUUUGGAGUACGCUAUUGGCCUAUAAGAUUGCGAAGUGAUCGACCACUUCGCUUCAGAAUAGAAAUGGAGGAUCGAUUACUUAAAAGCUUUGUUUCAUACUAGUCAAUGGAGUUGAUAAGUGCUUGUAGGAGUUCUUAAACUUUAACGGGUUCAUUACGGUAGAGGAAUGGCUUAGCUGCCACAUGUAAAGAUGGUUGCUUGUAGAACAAGCAAUCAAACUUUAUGCACAAAAAAUUUAACCAAAAUAUUGAAUGAGAAAAGAUGGGGUAACAUAUGGGAUCCAAUUGGAGUUCUCCGCACUAUUGAAAGGAUAAGGAGACGAGUUGCUUAAAAUUAAUGCGGCAUAAUAACACCUACUUAAGCACCAUUGAUAUCGAGACCUACAUCAAAAAAAUCCAGAACCUUAUUAAGAACGAAAAUCAAAACAAAAAAGAUGGGAACACCAGACGUUCUAGAAAAGAGGCAGAACUUAUGGGACUAACUGAGGACUUAUACAAGCAGUACCAGUCACUUUUUGCACAGUAUGAUUAUGUUAUUGGGAAAGUGGUUUCUCACAAAAAAAACAAGAAGUCUUCGGUGUCUUCAGCUGACUCGGAGGAGGAGUUCUUUUCCUCGGAGGAAGUAGAUGGUAGUAAUAGGAGAAGAUCAUCAGAGAAAGAACAAAAAUAUGUAUCUGACACAGUUAAGCAGGAACCUGAUAGAGGUGAUAAUAGAGAUGGGAAGGAUCUUAACCAAAAUAUUGAUGCAGCAGAAUCUGAAAGAAAAUUAACUUCACUAAUGGAAGAGAUGAAGAGUUUGAGCAACGAUAAAAUGGAUCUACAACUUCAAAUUGAAAGCCAGGCGAAUGAAGUUAAACAGAUAAGCAUAAAGAAUACUGAGCUACACAACCAUGUCAUGGAACUUGAAUCGUUGUUGAAAGAAAAACAAGAUGUGGUAUCUAAGUUGGAGGCGAAACUCGAUAACAGUGAGGAACAAUCAAAGUCCAACAUUGGAAAAUUGAUGGCUCAAGUCAAUGAUCUUGUACUUGAGACCAAAACUCUGAGGACCGAAAAAGAUGAGAUGGAAGAAAAAAUAAAAUGUGAUAAAAAGGAAACGUCUAACGAAAGAGAGGACUUGAUGAAGAAACUUAAAGUUAUGCAGGAGAAGUUAGAUUCUCAAGAGAAACUGAACAAAGAAUUAGAAACUAAGAUGGAAGGAAAGGGUGAAGAAAUAUCACAGUUCCUAAUCCAGAUAGAAAAUCUGAAGGCGAAUUUAGCUGAAACGAAAUCCACUGAACAAACUAUGAUGGAAGAGAAAGCGGAUCUUCUUGCGAGAUUAAAUGACAUGGAACUCGAAUUGGAAAUUCAAAGAAACCAGACAAAAAAAUUGGAAGAGCAGUUAAGAGAUACGAAUUAUGAGAUUAAACAGAUGACGAAUGAAAACAAGUCCCUGCAGGACAGAAAUGAUGAACUGAAAGCAGCGAUGACACAAAGAGGGGAAGAUAUAUCUAGUUUUUUGAUGGAAAAUAACAGUGAUGAAAAUGGAGCUUCUAUGGAGAUCAUGGCUUUAAAAGCUGAAGUUAAUGAAAUGAGACUAGAUUUGGACAAUUUGAAUGAACAUAAAACCAAGUUGGAGAUCCAAAACGAACGAAACCAGAAGGAAUAUGCAGAAAGCCUAGCAAAGAUGGAAAAUUUGAACACAAAGUUGACCACCCAGAUAGCGGAUCAAGCGAAAACUAUAAAGGAUCAGUUAUUGACCAUUGACCGAAUAAAGGCGGAGCAAAAAGAAACCAUGAUCACGUCGAGUAAAUUCAGGUUGAGUCAGCGAGUGGCAGAAAGGAAGAUGGAAGAAUUGGCAGAAAAGGUGAAGAGGAAAAUGGAAGACAAUAUCCGCUUGUUGCACCAAAGGAUCCACGUGGCAGAACAACUGAACAAUGAAAACAAAAACAGUUGCAAAUUAAUAAUGUUAAGGUAUGAGCAAGAGAACAAGAUUCUUGGAGAGAAAGUAGUUUUUUAUGAAAAUGAACUAGAAAGCCUUAAAGGGGCUGCUACUGCUAGCGAAGUAACACACUCACCGGUGAUUGAUCUAAAGGGUUUUGAAUUUGAGGCUGCUCUAAAUGGAUUAGAUGCAGCAGUUGCAAAAGUCGAGGAACACAGAGAAUGUGUCGUGAAGAAUGUGUCUAAAAUGCUAUAUGAGGUUCAGUUUGCUAAGGAUUGGAUAAAGAAUAUGAAUGUCGAAAUGAAACAACUAAAAGACAAUGUGGAUUGUCUUACGACGUUACUGAAUCAAAAAGAAGAGCAGGGAUUAUUGUUGAGAGACAAGGUAUGGAAUUUAGAAGCCACAGUAAGCAAAGAAGGAGGAGAAAAACUGAACUUGACAAAUGCAGUAAACCAGCUUGAAAAGAAAGUGGCGAAAUUGGAAAAGAAUCUGAAAGAGAAGGAUGAAGAUUUGGAUAGCCUUGGAGAGAAAAAGAGGGAAGCAAUAAGACAACUUUGUUUGGUUGUUGAGUUUCAUCGCGACCGUUGUAACUAUCUUAUGAAAUUGGUCACAAAUAUGAGAGUGAAUAAGAAGAAGAAAUGAAAUUUCUUCUAUUUUUCCUGCUUAUUGUACAUUUAGUCAAUAAUCCACAGUUUUGUAAAAUGAUAAAUGUUUCAUUCCAUUA